AUGGGUUUUGAUAAGAAUACUACCUUCUUCCGAUUGCGAGUAGGUGAUGUAAAGAAAGUAGUACUUGUUACGGAUAAACAAACAGAGAAGAGCAAGGGAUUUGCAUUUGUUGAAUUUCCUAUUGCAAUUUUGGCAAGUGAAUGUUUGAGCAAGUGUAAUGGAGCUUCUUUGAAUGAAAAGACAAUUACUGUUAGACCAUAUACCGAUAAGAAGGAAUCUUUGGAUAAAAAGAAAUCAACCAAGGAAAAGAAGGAAAAGAAACCAAAAGAAAAUGAUGUCUUGAGCAAGGAUGAUCCAUUCUAUGUUAGUUCAAGUGACGAUGAAGAUGAAGAAGAAGAAGAUAAACCAGAUAAGAAUGGAAUUUUCCCUAACAGAGUUUUAGUGGUUGCCAGACUUGCAAAAUCUAUGAAUUGGGAUCAAGCUAUGCAAGCUCUCCAAGAAAAGUUCAGUAAAAUUGGUAAACUGAAUAAUAUCAGAAUGCCAAAACAGGGAAGUAAUCACAAGGGAUAUGCUUUUAUCGAAUUUAGAAAGGCAAAACAUGCCAAGAGAGCUUUGGAUUGGGCCAAAAAGAAUACAAAGAUGAGUGUAGCUUGGAAAGUUGACCGUGAUCAAUAUGUCAAAAAGAAGCAAGACGCUUUCCUUAAAAAGAAGGAAGAAGAAUUCGAUAAGGAACAAGAAAAAUUCCAAAAACACAUGAAAAAGUAUACUGAAGGAGAAAAAUCUGACGAUGAAGAGGAUGAUGAUAUUGAGGAACCUGAGGAAUAUUUUGGAGAGAAGGAAAAGGAAUCUAAGAGUAGUUUGGAUGAAUUAUUUGAUGGAGAGGAAAAGGAAGAAUCCGAUGAUGAAAAGGAUGAUGCUGACGCAGAUGAGGACAAUCAAGAUGAUGAUGUCGAAGAGGGUGAUGAAUCUGAUGAGGAGGAUCAAGAUGAUGACAUGAGUGUUGGCGAAGAAGAUGCUGAUGAACAAAUGGAAGAUGCCGAAAAACCAGAAGGAGAAGAAGAAUCUAAGGAAAAGAAGGAGCAAACAGCUGCUGACUUUAAAAAGACAGUUUUCGUCCAAAAUUUACCAUUCCAAGCUGGUGUAGAUGAAAUUAAGGCCAUAUUUGAAAAGCACUAUGGUUUGGUUGCCUAUGUUGCCAUUGUUGCCAAGACUGAUGGUUUAUCAAGUGGUAAAGCUUUCGUCAAAUUCAAGAGAUUCAAGGAUGCCAAGAAAUGUAUCAGAGAAGCCGAAGGAAAUCUCAUUGAAAAACAACCAGAAAAGAAGAAGGCCUCUGAAAAGAUUUCCAAAGAACCAGAAGAAGAAGAGGAAAGAAAUGUUGGUGAAGUUCUUUUGGAUGGUAGAAAGUUGCUCAUUGCUAGAGCCAUCUCUAAGCAAUCAUCCCAAGAAAUUAACAAGAAGAAGGAAAAGAAGGACGAUCCAAGAAAUUUGAGAUUGGCCAAAAUUGGUUUCAUUGCUGCCAACAGUCCAGAGGCUAAGGACAUGCCAGCUGAACACUUGAAGAAGAUUCAAAAGAAUUGGGCUGAAAAGAAUACCAAGCUCAAUAAUCCAAUCUACCACAUUUCUCCAACCAGACUUGCUAUUCAAAACUUGCCAAAAUCAUGGACUGACAAGGAUUUGAAGAAUCUCGUUUUGGAUAAGAUUAAAUAUGAUGAAGCUUUGGGUAAAGGAAAGAAACCAAAAUUGAUUCAAGUCAAGAUUGCUAAGGAUAAGGAUAGCAAGCAAAGCAAGGGAUUCGGCUUUGUAGAAUUUGAAAAACAUGAAGCUGCUUUGUGUGCUCUCGAAAGACUUAACAAUAAUCCAAAAAUUCUCAAUCCAAGAGUCAAAGAUAAUAAGGUUGCCUCAGCAGCUCGUCUCAUUGUCGAAUUUGCAGUUGAAAAUACUAUGAAAUUGACCAUUCUCCGAAGGCAUCAAACUAACUCUCACAGAGAGAAGGACGAUUCUAACAUGAUAUCAGAAUUUAUUAAGAAUAGAUACGAUCAAUCAUCCUCAUCUUCAGCUGGUCGUUCCAGACCACCAUCACGUGGAGGUAAUUACAAUAGAAACAAUGAUAGAAAUCAAAAGAGACAAAGAGGUGGUAAUGAUAACAAACGAAAACGUCAAGAUAAUAAUUUUAGAGGUGCAAAGAAGACCAAAAAAUAA